GUCGAACAAAGCUAUGUCUAUUUCUACCCUUGGACUCAUGUACUUUGCCCCCUUCCCUUAAAUCUCCCCAAGAAUUAUUUAAUUUUCCCUUCUAACAUGGAUUUAGAUUUAAGUAUAGUUAAGAAGGAACCUUGUUUGGACAGUAUUUGUCCAACGAAUUCAGGAAUUUUUGACACAAUGAUUCGAGAAGACUUCCAAGAUCAUUUUCACUCGAUGCCUAGCGAAGAGCCAGUCGACUGGCUUUCUAGUUUCUUCGACGAAGUUCCAACUUGCAUGGAGCAAAAUCUCUCAAACUACUCUGUGCCUGAAUACACCUCAAGUUUACAUCACAGCUCGAUUAGAACCCAGAACAUAGGACUCAACAGUCUGGGUAUAGACCCCAUGCCUUCUUUACCAGAGGACUGUAGUAACGAAUCAAUGUAUGGGAAAUCGCCCGCGGAUCGAUCAAGGUCCCCGGAUUUUGAGAGCAAAGUUGCAUCAGAUGGGGAUCAAAUUCACGACGAUUUAAAGCCGGUGUUAUUCAAUAGACGGCUCUCGGCUCCGUUUGAGUCUCAGCAUAUGUUUAAUAGUCACAUGGAAGGGGUGGACGAUGGAGGAUGUAUCACUGAAACUCAUAGUCGUAGCUCUGUUGGCUUCAGCUCGGACGAUACAGAAACCGAAUCAGGUGAUGGCUAUUAUUGCAGUGCGCUGCCUAUACAGUCUGAAUACGCCACGCUCAGGCCUUGCAGUAGGCAACACAGUUAUGACUCCGGGGCCCACUCCCCUACUUGUCAAACACCAAGCACUCCACCAAGAAGUCUGGAGAUUGACAGUGAUAUGUCGGGAUCCAGUAUGGGCGAAAGAACACCACCAGCAUUACAGAUCCAAGAGAAGCAGCCCUUCUUUCUCACAGAUGAAGAGAGGAGAACACUGAUCUCUGAAGGCCUACCUGUCCCGUCUGGCCUACCAUUGACAAAAGUUGAGGAGAGAGCGCUGAAAAAAGUCAGAAGAAAAAUUAAAAAUAAGAUUUCUGCACAAGAAAGCAGAAGAAAGAAAAAAGAAUAUAUGGAAACUUUAGAAAAACGAGUCGAGACGUGCUCGAGCGAAAAUCUUGAGUUAAGAAAAAAACUAGACAGUCUGGAGAACACAAACAGAAAUCUCAUUGGACAGCUCCAGAAGUUACAAGCUCUGAUAUCACCUAAAGUCCAGAGACCAGUCAACGCGCGAUCGACGCAAACAAGCACGUGUUUAAUGGUUGUAGUUCUCUGUUUCGCUGUGUUUGUUGGUAGUUGGAGUCCUCUCUCCAGAAAUGGCAUCACGCUCCACUCACACGCUGUGUCCGACAAAACAGUUGCUAAGCAACCGAUGGACUACAGUACGCCCUCAGUCCGAUCCCGAGUCCUUCUAUCGGUAGCGGAUGACUAUGAUGACGUCGACUUUGCGCCAACUCCCAGCAUCGUCGACAAAAUGGCGUCCUAUCUCGCCCCAGGCCCCACCAUAACGGCCAUCGACAACGAUACUCACAAGUAUGUUGCCAUGGAAACUGUCCCGGCCGAAGCCAAUGAGAGACCGGCUGCUGCUUCCUCAGCGGUGUAAGAAAUAAUACGUCGAUCACGUGACUUAUAGAUAGUUGUGGAAAGUCUGCAGUUUUGCAAAUACAUAGCCGUAGGGUUAUUGGUAAUGUAAUAAUCGGCUAUAAUUAAAUUCAAUAGAAUUCAACUGAAUGUUGUCGCAUGAAAUGUGAUGGAACGAUAUAAUCAAAUAUAUUAUAAUUUAAUGAAAUACUACACUGGUACAUCGUUACUAAAGCAAGUAUUCAUAUCAACACAUCCUCUAAGACAACAAGAGCCAUUUAAAACGUCUACAAAAAUCCAAGAAAAUAUAUAAAUGAUUUUGCGACUGGGAGAGUAGAGUUUUAUAAGAAUUUAUCAUUUUUGGGCUAGGUAGUUUAUGAAAAUUACCCUAGAAUAAGAACGGGGCUAAAUUCGUACCCAACUGGUCUUUUCAGAACAAAGCAUAAAUAGUUUUAUAAAUGAAUUAAUUUUAGAAUAAAAGCAUGCAUCUCAAACGUGUCUUACCUACGCUAUUUCGUGGCAUGUAUUUUAAUACAAAACACUUUUGAAACGAGCCCAGGUUACUUCACCGCUUUUAUUUUUGGGAUUCCUGUGUGCGAAAGAAUACAUAGGAAAUCCAAAAGUAGAAUCGGCUUCUUGGAGACUAUUUGCAACAUCUGCAAUAAAAAACAUAAAUUAUUCAAACGUAAAAAAAAAAAUAUAUUUACGGGAGAUCAAAACUUUAUCGGGCAAGGUUUAGUGUGAUUAAAACGAUGAUUAUAAGUGAUGUAUAUAGCAAAAAUGUACAAAAUAAACAGAACAACAAGGGAAAA